CCUGCAUUAACUCGACUUCGCGCCGAAACGGAGCGUAACUUGGCGACCGAGUCACCACUCCACGAAGACCAGUGCUGAUGGUAAAAAUUGUAAUGGCUAGUCGGAUUAUCAUUCGAAACAAUAAGUAAGGGUACAGCCAAUCGCAUUGCGUCAACCGUUGAACCCCACUCUCAACAAUUGCUGGAAGGCUUAUGGACAUGAACAUAUACCCAAUGCGAUAGCACAGUAUACUUGAUAUCGAAUAUAUCAGAGUAAGUGACCACGCACAAUGGCACCCAUAGGGGCCGCGCUCUGGCGCUCGUUGCGUGCACACCAGGUGUACGGCGCCAACACCAAUGUCGGCAAGACGGUUGUGUCGACGCUCCUCUGCAAGGCUUUGGCCGAGAGAGGAUCAGUGGGAUUCUUGAAGCCCGUGUCGACAGGGUCGCUAGAGGAGGCUGAUGACAGACAUGUUGAACGCUUCGCAGCCGGCCCCAACGUGUUGACUAAAUGCUUGUAUCAAUUCGACGAACCAGUCAGUCCACACAUUGCCGCGCGAUCGAAACUAAAAACCAUCCCCGCAGACACCCACAUUCUCUCUUCCAUCCACCGCACACUCUCCUCGUGGUCGACGAACGGCGUGAAAAAUGCUCUUGUUGAGACCGCCGGUGGCGUGCACUCACCAGGUCCCAAUGCAAAUAGCCAGGCAGACCUCUACCGGCCAUUACGACUCCCCGUAGUGCUUGUUGCAGAUUCGCGGCUAGGCGGGAUCUCGUCGUCGAUAUCGGCGUAUGAGUCCCUCCUAAUGCGUGGCUACGACAUCCAUUCUGUUCUGCUGUUUGAAGAUGAGUAUUAUCAAAACCACGAGUACCUGCAGUCAUAUUUCGCGAAAAAGGCGAUCCCCUUACUGGCACUUCCGAAACCACCCCCGCGACCAGAGGGUAAAGUGGCUGCAGAUGCGGAGGCGCGAGACUUGGAGGCUAUGAAGAAGUACUAUGACUCUGUUGCUGCCCAGGCAGAUAUCGGGUCGCUGCUCGACGGAAUGGAGAAGAAAUCUCACGACCGAAUUGCAGAGCUAGAAUCUAUGGCGACGCGGGCCCAUAGCGCGAUUUGGUAUCCAUUUACCCAGCAUCAGGGAAUGAAGCCAGAGGAUAUCACUGUUAUCGAGUCUGCGUAUGGCGACUACUUCCAGACCCUCGACAGGGAUACUAAACAAGAUGCUGCGCCUGUAUUGAAGCCGACCUUUGACGGAUCGGCCUCAUGGUGGACGCAGGGGCUGGGCCAUGGAAACCCCGAGCUGGCUCUGACAGCUGCUCAUGCUGCGGGGAAGUACGGACAUGUCAUGUUUGCCGGAGCUGUCCAUGAGCCAGCAUUGAAUCUGGCCGAGCUUCUGCUGAAGAGCCUUGGGAAUGAAAGGUUGAGUAAAGUGUUCUACACCGAUAAUGGUAGCACAGGUAUGGAGGUUGCAGUGAAGAUGGCUUUGAGAGCAGCGUGUGUGCGAUAUGGCUGGCAGUUGUCCCAAAGCGAGGUGAAGAUUCUCGGCCUGAAAGGUAGCUAUCAUGGCGACACAAUCGGUGUGAUGGAUUGCUCGGAGCCGUCGACGUUUAAUCAAAAGGUCGAGUGGUAUCGGGGACGAGGACAUUGGUUUGAUUUCCCGACGGUAGGCAUGAAGAAUGGUUCUUGGAGGAUAGAUGUACCCGACGAGUUGAGUCAGGAGUUGGGUGGUGGUGAGGAGUUUGGCUCGUUGGAUGAGAUUUUCGAUCUAGAGAAGCGAUCGAAAUCGGCGGCUGGUCAGAGAUAUAGUGCUUAUAUCAAAGACACACUGGAGGAACUAGUGUACAAGAAGGGUGUUAAAUUUGGUGCAUUGAUUAUGGAGCCUGUGUUGCUGGGAGCAGGAGGCAUGCUCUUUGCCGACCCCCUAUUCCAAUUCUCUCUUGCGAAUAUCGUCCGCUCGAACCCUAAUCUCUUUGGCAGCUCACCCUCAACCCCAACGUCAGAAAGCAAGACUAACUGGUCUGGCCUCCCGAUUGUCUUCGACGAAGUCUUCACGGGGCUGUAUCGUCUUGGCCGACGCACAUCCGCGUCAUUCCUUGGUAUCGACGCCGACAUUUCUGUGCACGCAAAACUGCUGACAGGCGGCCUGAUCCCGCUCGCCGUGACGCUGGCCAGCACGGAUAUCUUCGACUCAUUCGCAAGCAGCGAGAAGAGCGAUGCACUGCUGCACGGCCACAGCUAUACGGCGCAUGCGGUCGGGUGCCAGGUUGCCGUGAACUCAGUGCAGGAAAUGAUGAACAUGGAGCAGCGCGGUGACUGGGACGCGUUUAAGACUUCGUGGAGCGAACGCGUGCUGAGUGCAAACCCGCACGGAGCUGUUUGGAGCCAGUGGUCUGCAGGUCUCGUGCAAGACCUGAGUCAUGCUGAAUCGGUCGAGAGGGUAUUCGCCGUUGGCAGCGUGUUCAGCGUCACGCUCCGUGACCAAGCUGGACAAGGAGGAUACACGUCGACGGCGGCGAAAGGGCUACAACAAAGACUCACGCUCGGGGAACCUACCGAUCCGGCGCCAUUCAACGUCCAUUCAAGGGUGCUGGGCAAUGUUCUCUAUUUAAUGGCGAGCAUGACGUCGAAGCCAGAGGAAUUAAGUAGAGUAGAAGGAUUGCUGAGGGAUGCAUUGUUAUGACCAUGUAACUGGCCGUGAAAGUGUGAUUAUGAAUACACCAUUAUCAAUUCA